CGCUCGAUGACGCCAAGCGUCGCGCUCGAUGACGUCUCCACGGCGCGCUGGAGGCGUCACGCGUCGCUCCCGGCCAAGUACAAGGAGCGCGGCACGGUCCUGGCUGAGGAUCAGCUGGCGCAGAUGUCCAAGCAGCUGGAGACGUUCCGCACGCACCUGCAGGCCUUUGCCAGCAAGCACAAGCAGGAGAUCCGGCGCAGCCCCGAGUUCCGGCUGCAGUUCCAGCACAUGUGCGCCGCCAUCGGCGUCGACCCGCUGGCCUGUGAGCGCGGACAGGGGACAGACGGACAGACAGGGGGACACGGGGACCAGGGGACAAAAAAAUCCCAUAAAAUCCCCCCAAAAAAUCCCAAAAAAUCCCAUAAAAACCCCAUAAAAGUGCCAGCUGACCCCUCUCCCAUUGCAGGGCUGAUCACGCUGGAGGAGCUGCAGCAGGAGGUGCUCAAGGGCCGCGGCAAAUUCGCGCAGGACGUCAGCGCGGACGAUCUCCUGCGCGCCAUCCGCAAGCUGAAGGUUCUGGGCAGCGGCUUCGGGAUCAUCCCCGUGGGGGGGACGGUGCUGGUGCAGUCGGUGCCGGCCGAGCUCAGCAUGGACCACACGGUGGUGCUGCAGCUGGCCGAGAAAAAGGGAUUUGUGACAGUCAGCGAGAUCCGGGACAGCCUCAAGUGGGAGACGGAGCUGCUGGAUGCCAUUAUUCCCCAUUUUUUCCCAUUUUCCCAUUUUUCCCUGCAGGAUCACCUGCUGAAGGAGGGCAUGGCCUGGCUGGACGCGCAGGCUCCGGCCGAGCCGCAGUUCUGGCUCCCCGCGCUUUUCUCGGAGCUGCACGGGCAGGACGGGACCUGAGAGCCGGGAACAGCCCCGGGAACAGCCCUGGGAUAGCUGGGAAUGACCCCUGGGAUACCCAGGAACAGCCCCGGGAACAGCCCCGGGAUAGCUGGGAAUGACCCCUGGGAUAUCCGGGAACAGCCCCAGGAACAGCCCCGGGAACAACCCCGGAACCCUCGGGAUCCCGGCUGGAAUUCCCACCCAGGAUCCUUGGGAAUCCCUCCUGGAAUCCUCAGGAAUCUCCCCUUUAAUCCCUCCUGGA